CAUUUUCUUGCCAGUCAGCCGUGGCCGGAGUCGGCAAGUGGAUACCAAAAAAAGCAUGCACAAAAUGCCCAGUGUUGGCGGCGUAUGCGUGCCGGAUCUGCAGAAGGAGAGGGAGAAACGUUGUUUUGAUAAAGAAGAAUUGACGCACCUGAUAGACGGCGGAAGAGAGAAGACAGAAGAACGGAGAGAAUUCGAGCAAAUGCUACUGAAUGAUCCUGAAUACAUCGAUAAAAUCCCACCGAGUUACUUGAGCCACGAAGAUAGUUAUGCAAAUGAAUUAAGAAAAUCUUGCUACACAAUGAUGAAGGUUGCAAGUGCAGGCAAGCAAUACAGAGCAUUUUUGAACGCGGGGACGAUUCGAGG